UGGUAGCCCACAAUUAGGGAUGUCUGAGGAAAUAAAUACUCGAUGGGCAACUCAACAUAAUCGUAAGAGGCAUGCGAUGGAAAUCAAACGCAGUUCAAGAGCGCUCUGCGAUAAAGUUGAAAAUUGGGGUCUUCUUUCAGAAGAGAUUGGGUCAAAGAUGGAGGAUGAGCCAUACCCUCGACAGAUGGGUAACACAUCAACUCAUGCUGUCAAACUACAACAACAUUUGUAUGAUCAAAUGUUAGCUCAGUCAGAAUUCUGUGAUGUUACUCUAGUGUUCAGUGGAAUUGAAAUGAAGGCUCAUUGGUGUGUUUUGGUGUCGUGUCCAUAUUUCCAGUCUUUGUACAAUAGUGGAAUGUCAGAAAAGCAAGCCGGGAAAAUACAUAUAAGCAUCGGUAAGGUAUUGGCAGUGAGAUCAGCUGUUACAUUUCUGUACACUGGUACACUACAGCUCUCGUAUAGUACUGUAAAAGACAUCCUAGAGGUGGCCGACUACCUGCAAAUCGAUGACCUGAAAACAGCGUGUACAAAUUACCUAUUAGGAGUAGAUGUCAAUGUUAGCAAUUGUGUUCAUCUUUGUCUUCUAGCCAGUUUGUAUGACCUUGACAUUUACAAUAAAGUGUUUGACUAUAUUCGAGGGCAUUUACCGGAAGUUAUGGAGCUAGAAGAUACUCUGAGUUUGACAGCUGAGUCAAUAUUAGAAAUGUUAAAGGAUAAGUCCCUCAACUAUGUUCCCGUGACAGAUUUCUAUAAAUUUAUUAUCAGAUGGGUAGAGCAUGAUUUAAAGAGAAGAGAGUCACACUUCGAGAGCUUGUUCUGUGAGCUUGAUCUGAAAAAAAUGCCAAGAGAGUAUUUGGAGAAUAAUGUAGAAACCUCGCCUCUGGUUGUUAGUUCAGACAAAUGCAAAGUUCAUGUUCUGAAUGUAAAGAUGAAGCAUAUGGCUGGACUGUUGCCAGAUGAAGCCAACAGUGAGGUCAUUCUGGUUGUCGGUGGUUGUGGAAUGGGUCAGCUGUUUCACUCGUUCUUUGCUGUGCCAUUCCUUCCUAUAUCAGAUAUAAUCUCCAUAAAUCAUGUGUACGGUUACAUAAUCAAUGAAAAUAGGUGGACAGAGUUAGCUCCCCUUCCUUUCUCAAUGAGGCGCCCUUUAGUGGCUUUCUGUAACAACACAAGCUCACUAUAUGUAUAUGAUGCAAGCACUAGUGCUGUUAUUGAUGACAAUGAGGCCUUCCUGUUUAAGUAUAGUGUCACUGACAAAUCUUGGACAACCAUACAUAUGACUCUGCCUAAACCAUUCCGUGAUAUUACUAUACAGAAUAUCCUGAUGGUAAACAACAGAAUGUACAUCAUAGCGUCAGGUCGAUCUGUCGGUGCUAAAAGUGGAACCUUGCCUCAAUGGAUGGUUUAUUUGUUUCGGGUAUCAACUGAUAUGCUGAACUGUGAUGUUGUGAUUCCAUUGUGUUCUAGAAAUGUUAAAACAGAGGUAACAACAUGUAUUGUGGAGGACAGAUAUGUUGCAGUGCUGUGCUCAAAAUGUGGAGCUGGUGGUACUUCUAGGCAAAGAACAAAGAGUGUUAGAUUUUUUACAACAGACACAAAAAAUAUGAAGCAGCAGGAGCAUUCUAGAGGUGUGAAACAUGAGCAGUUUAUGUUCGCUAUAAAAAAUGAGGUGUUCCUGACGAAACAAGGUUGUUACCGGUACCAAAAGUUUGACAUCAACACGCGUCGAUGGUCCUCCGGCAAGGAUAUUCUCGUUCCACAUCCUCUGGACGAGCCAUCAAGAUCUGACUUCAUAUACUCAACCCAUCAGAGUGAACUUUAUGUGAUUGGGGGGAAAAGUGGAAAGAAUUUGCUAACUAGUGCAUGUAAAUAUGAUCUCGAGAAUAGAAAAUGGGAAACACUUCAAGAAGCGCCAAAGGCAAUUACAAACAGUGGAGUAGUGGUUGCCAAGAUUCCAUCUAAUCUUGUGAGAUGUCACAUUGACUGCCCGCACUGCAAGUACUUCGGUGUUCGGAGUCAAGCAACAUACCAGAUUGACUAUCCUGAUGAUGACCCUGAAGAGGACGAAGACCUGUCCUAUGAUGAUGAGGAUGUGUACUCGGAUUACUGGGAAAAUGACAUCUAUGAUGAGUAUGGCAACAUUCCCGAUUACGACUGGUUCUGAUUAUUGAUAUUGAUUAAUUCCUUACAGAAAAUGUGUUCAUUACAACAUUUGAAGCCAUUGUAAGAUACUUUGUUGAAUUGUUUUCGGAAAAGUGUCUCAGCAAAUGGGCAUUGCAAACUUGGAUAAGUGACUUUAAACAGCUUUUAUAGCUUUAUCACAUUCUUCUUUUGUUUUGUAAUCACAACAAACUUAACCCUGUUUAAAUCUGAUUAUCAGAAUGGGUUAUAUAACAUGUCAAGACAUUAAGCAUUGUUUUAUUGUAUUUUUUUAUCAUGUUCUUUAUUUAUGAAGAUGUAAAGUAUGUUGUUUGUGUAACCCUUAACCUGUUAGAAC